AUGCUUAUUAAUCUAUGGAACAGCUUGAAAAGUAUAAUUGGUAGCGAUAUGUCUGCAACAAUGGUUGAAACGCCUCCACCGGAGCUAAUCACCACUAUCGAGUGGGGUAUGAUGGAUAAAAGCAAGUUUUUUCCAUUGUAUAGCUUGAGUGGGUUCACAGUUCGUUGCGCGCUCUAUCCGCUAACAUUAAUAAAGACACAAAUCCAAGUGCAACGGAAAAAGGAUGCGUACAAAGGAGUGUACGACGCUAUAUCUAAGAUUUACGCUAACGAGGGAGUUUCCGGGUUGUACAGGGGAUUUUGGUUGUCUAAUUUUCAGAUAAUAUCUGGAGUUUUCUAUAUAACAACGUACGAAGGGGUAAGACAUGAACUUGGCAAACACGAGAUAAACCCACGAUUGAAGUCCUUCAUAGCGGGUGGCUGUGCAUCACUGGUCGGUCAGACAGUGAUAGUGCCAUUCGAUGUAUUAAGCCAACACUUGAUGGUCCUCGGGCUUGUAAAAGGUUCUGCUGAGAACUCAAUGAAUCCUAAACUAAAUCCAUUGGGUUUAGACCUUGAACAGCCAAUGUCAAAAAUAGCACUCGCCAAGGAGGUUGCGGCUCGAGUAUACCGUCUACAUGGUGUUUUGGGAUACUACAGAGGUUACACAGCCUCUUUGGCAGCUUAUGUACCUAAUUCAGCAUUAUGGUGGGCAUUAUAUACAGCUUACCAAGAUGAACUGUUCAAGAUAAGUCCUUCGUGGGUGUCGCACUUAUUCAUCCAGUGCGUGGCGGGUACACUCGGAGGGUUCACUACAACCAUACUCACGAAUCCCUUGGAUAUUGUACGGGCGAGGUUACAAGUGGAAGGCGUGGGCACUAUGAAGCAGGUUUUCAAGGAGCUGUGGCGUGAGGAAGGCUUCACGGGCCUUUACGCCAAGGGCCUGUCAGCUAGACUAGUUCAGAGCGCCUGUUUCUCUUUCUCGAUCAUACUCGGCUAUGAGAGCAUCAAACGUGUGUCGCUCAGUGACGAGUACCGUACUAGAGUGCGGUGGUGA